CAUGCCGCGGCAGCGGCGAGAGGGGAGGCAGCGGCCGAUAAAUGCUAUUAGAGCAGCCGCCGCGGAGCCGUCCCCGACGCCGCCGCCUCCUGCUCCGCCGCAGUUUCCUCCGCCGCUGCCGGGGGUGCGGAGCUGAGGGACCCGGGCGAGCGCGCCGCUCGCCGCCCCGCCGGCUCGCCGCCUUCGCUCCGCUGCGCCCUCAGGGGUCGGCCGGGCGCCCCCUCCUCCGGCCCGGCCGGGGCCGCGAGCCGCCGCAGGACAGCGGGGAGGGGGCCGGGGGCCGCGGCCUGCGCUCCCUGCGGGCGGUUGAGGGCGAAGGAGGCCCUCCCUUCUGACGAGGGAAGGGGAGGGUCGGGAGCCCCCCGCCCGCCCUGCGGAGCCCGGGCGGCCCGAGGGCGGUUGUCUGGGGGAGGGGGUGCGGGGUGAUUCAGCGCCCGGCGAGGCGGAAGCGGCCGGAGCGGCAGCGGCGGCAGCGGGAGGAGGGCGAGCGGCCAGUCGGCGCCGGGGCGCCCGCGGUGGCACGAGCCCGCGGCCCGAGUGCGAGGCGGAGGCGACGAGGCCGCGGGGACGGGGGGCGAAGCCGGCCGGGCCCCCGCAGCCAUGGAGAACGCGCACACAAAGACGGUGGAGGAGGUGCUGGGCCACUUCGGCGUCAACGAGAGCACGGGGCUGAGCCUGGAGCAGGUCAAGAAGCUCAAGGAGAGAUGGGGCUCCAACGAGUUACCGGCUGAAGAAGGAAAAACCUUGCUGGAACUUGUGAUUGAGCAAUUUGAAGAUUUACUAGUUAGAAUUUUAUUGCUGGCAGCAUGUAUAUCUUUUGUUUUGGCUUGGUUUGAAGAAGGUGAAGAAACCAUUACAGCCUUUGUAGAACCUUUUGUAAUUCUGCUUAUAUUGGUAGCCAAUGCCAUCGUGGGUGUAUGGCAGGAAAGGAAUGCUGAAAAUGCAAUUGAAGCCCUUAAGGAGUAUGAGCCUGAAAUGGGCAAAGUGUAUCGGCAGGACAGAAAGAGUGUACAGCGCAUUAAAGCUAAAGACAUCGUUCCUGGUGAUAUUGUAGAAAUCGCAGUUGGUGACAAAGUUCCUGCCGACAUAAGAUUGACUUCUAUCAAGUCUACAACUCUAAGAGUUGACCAGUCAAUUCUCACAGGUGAAUCUGUCUCUGUCAUCAAGCACACUGACCCUGUCCCAGACCCGCGGGCUGUCAACCAGGAUAAGAAGAACAUGCUUUUUUCUGGCACAAACAUUGCUGCAGGGAAAGCCAUGGGAGUGGUGGUGGCAACUGGAGUCAACACUGAGAUUGGCAAGAUUCGGGAUGAGAUGGUGGCGACAGAACAGGAGAGGACGCCUCUUCAGCAGAAACUAGAUGAAUUCGGAGAACAGCUUUCCAAAGUCAUCUCCCUUAUUUGCAUUGCAGUCUGGAUCAUAAACAUUGGGCAUUUCAAUGACCCAGUUCAUGGAGGCUCCUGGAUUAGAGGUGCUAUUUACUACUUUAAGAUUGCAGUGGCCCUGGCGGUAGCAGCUAUUCCUGAAGGUCUGCCUGCCGUCAUCACCACCUGCCUGGCUCUUGGAACUCGCAGGAUGGCAAAGAAAAACGCCAUCGUCCGAAGCCUGCCUUCUGUGGAAACCCUCGGCUGCACUUCUGUGAUCUGCUCUGACAAGACUGGCACACUCACAACAAACCAGAUGUCAGUCUGCAGGAUGUUCAUCCUGGACAAGGUUGAUGGUGAUACUUGUUCCCUGAAUGAGUUCACCAUAACUGGAUCAACGUACGCACCUAUUGGAGAAGUGCAUAAAGAUGAUAAACCAGUGAAGUGUCAUCAGUAUGAUGGUCUUGUAGAAUUAGCAACAAUUUGUGCUCUUUGUAAUGACUCUGCUUUGGAUUACAAUGAGGCCAAAGGUGUGUAUGAAAAGGUUGGAGAAGCUACAGAGACUGCCCUGACGUGCCUGGUGGAGAAGAUGAACGUGUUUGACACUGAAUUGAAGGGUCUCUCUAAAAUAGAGCGCGCGAAUGCCUGCAACUCGGUCAUUAAGCAGCUGAUGAAAAAGGAAUUCACUCUAGAAUUUUCACGUGAUAGAAAAUCAAUGUCAGUGUAUUGUACGCCAAACAAACCAAGCCGGACGUCCAUGAGCAAGAUGUUUGUGAAGGGUGCUCCUGAGGGUGUCAUCGACAGGUGCACCCACAUUCGGGUUGGAAGUACCAAGGUCCCCAUGACAGCUGGAGUCAAGCAGAAGAUCAUGUCUGUCAUUCGGGAAUGGGGUAGUGGCAGCGACACACUGCGGUGCCUGGCCCUGGCCACUCACGACAACCCACUGAGAAGAGAAGAAAUGCACCUGGAGGACUCUGCCAACUUUAUUAAGUAUGAGACCAACCUGACUUUUGUUGGCUGCGUGGGCAUGCUGGAUCCUCCCAGGAUUGAGGUGGCCUCCUCCGUGAAGCUGUGCCGGCAAGCAGGCAUCCGGGUCAUCAUGAUCACCGGGGACAACAAGGGUACUGCCGUAGCCAUCUGUCGCCGCAUUGGCAUCUUUGGUCAGGAGGAGGAUGUGACGGCCAAGGCUUUCACAGGCCGGGAGUUUGACGAACUCAACCCCUCAGCCCAGCGAGAUGCUUGCCUAAAUGCCCGCUGCUUUGCUCGAGUUGAACCUUCCCACAAGUCCAAGAUCGUAGAAUUUCUUCAGUCCUUUGAUGAGAUCACAGCUAUGACUGGCGACGGUGUGAAUGAUGCCCCUGCUCUGAAGAAAGCGGAGAUUGGCAUUGCCAUGGGCUCUGGCACCGCGGUGGCUAAAACUGCCUCUGAGAUGGUCCUGGCUGAUGACAACUUCUCCACCAUUGUGGCUGCUGUGGAGGAGGGGCGGGCCAUCUACAACAACAUGAAGCAGUUCAUCCGCUACCUCAUCUCCUCCAACGUGGGGGAGGUUGUCUGCAUUUUCCUGACGGCAGCCCUUGGGUUUCCUGAGGCCCUGAUUCCCGUGCAGCUGCUCUGGGUCAAUCUGGUGACAGAUGGCCUGCCUGCCACCGCGCUGGGCUUCAACCCUCCGGAUCUGGACAUCAUGAAUAAACCGCCUCGGAACCCAAAGGAACCACUGAUCAGCGGGUGGCUCUUUUUCCGUUACCUGGCUAUUGGCUGUUACGUUGGCGCCGCGACAGUGGGUGCUGCUGCGUGGUGGUUCAUUGCUGCCGAUGGUGGUCCAAGAGUGUCCUUCUACCAGCUGAGUCACUUCCUGCAGUGUAAAGAGGACAACCCGGACUUCGAGGGCGUGGAUUGUGCAAUCUUUGAGUCUCCAUAUCCCAUGACAAUGGCACUGUCUGUUCUGGUCACCAUAGAGAUGUGCAACGCCCUCAACAGCCUGUCUGAAAACCAGUCCUUGCUGCGGAUGCCGCCCUGGGAGAACAUCUGGCUGGUGGGCUCCAUCUGCCUGUCCAUGUCACUGCACUUCCUCAUCCUCUACGUCGAGCCCCUGCCGCUUAUCUUCCAGAUCACACCGCUGAAUGUGACCCAGUGGCUGAUGGUGCUGAAAAUCUCCUUACCUGUGAUUCUCAUGGACGAGACUCUCAAGUUCGUGGCCCGCAACUACCUGGAACCUGCAAUACUGGAGUAACCGCUUCCUAAACAUUUUGCAGAAGUGUAAGGGUGUUCCGUUGCGUGCAUGUGCGUUUUUAGCAACACACCUGCCAGCCCUCUGCAUGAUUGAUGUUGGGGUUCCCAGCUCCUUGUGUGUAGUGUGGAGGAAAUGUGUGUUACCAUUGGGGUUUCUGACUUUUCAAAAUAAUUACAAAUGUACAACUAGAAAGCCUCUCCAGAGAAGUUUGGUUUCUUUGCUGCAAGAACAAUGAGGUUCUGAAACCUCCCAAGAGUUUGGAUACCGUCGGCCAAGUCUCCACAUUUCUCUGUGCUGUCAGCUUAUCCAGAUGUGCACUGUUGAGUUGUAAUGCAUGCCUUCAGCUCAAGUAGCCAGCGUUUCCCUGCAGUGACCUUGAAACCUGCUACUUUUUAAUCGGCCCUGUACAGUUUGCUUAUUUAUAAAUUCAUGGAAACACUACAGGUAUUGAAUGGUUAAAAUGUAGGCCUCCAGUUCAUAACUUCAGUUAUUCUGAGUGUGCAGACAGCUAUUUUGCACUGUAUUAAAUGUAACUUAUUUAAUGAAAUCAGAAGUAGACAGAUGUUGGUGCAAUACAAACAUUGUGAUGCAUUUAUCUUAAUAAAAUGCUAAACGUCAGUUUAUCACAACGCAUGUCUGACUGUAGACUGUAAAUAGCGAUCGGUUUGUUUCUGUGCUGGUACCAAGCGUCGCACAGAACUGAUUUCAGGUAAAUAAAUCUAUUCUACAAUAAA